AUGCCUCGGAAAGCGCACACCAAGUCGCGAUACGGAUGUGAUAACUGUCGACGCCGACGGGUCAAAUGCGACGAGCAAGGCCCACCCUGCAACAAUUGCGUUCUACGCCGACUGCAUGACUGCAAAUACUCCCGAAUUCUACCUGCCAACAUCCUCAGCAGUGCCCGUCCGCCCAGUCAUGAUGCCAAUUCUCAGCAAUCGACCUCGGUCAGUCCGGUGCCAGCGAUCGCCUCAGCGGGGGUCUCGCCAGCAGCCUCGGUCUCAUUGAAUCCCCGGCCGUUGAACGAGUUGGAGCUUAUGCUGCACUUCACAACAGAGACGUUUCAGAGUCUGUGCAUAAGUGAUGCGGAGACGGUGACAUGGCAGAAAUUGGUGCCGCGCCUGGCACUCGACCAUCGAUAUCUGUUGCAUGGGAUUUUCUCGCUGGCGUCGCUCCAUCUCGCUACGACGACGGCGGACCCGGCUCGUAUGCGUCUGUAUGUAGAUACCGGCUUGGAGUACCACAGCAAAAGCCUUGAGCCAUUUCGCGUCGCGCUUGACAACCUCAGCCCGGAAAAUUGUGAUGCGGUCUUUGCCGAGUCGGUCGUGACUGCGGCAAUUUGUCUGGCACUACCUCAGUUGACGUCAGGUCCUGAGAACGAGGGCGCGAUGAUCAACAACGUCGUGACUGCUUUCCAGCUUCUCCAGGGCGUGAAGAAGAUUCUUUUCAUCGGUCGAGGCUGGAUCAAGUUGAAACUCUUUGUCAAGGGUGAUUUCUGGAGUGACGUAUCCACGGAUCUGGACGAAGACACCCAGUCUGCGUUUGAUCAGCUCUCCGUUCUCAAUGAUCAGAUUGAGUUGAGCAGAGAGAAUGUGCUUCAGUCUCGACACGGCCGACACCGGGAGAUUAUCAAGCAUCUCAGGCAUUGUUUCAUGAAAUUCCAAUGUUCCCCCGACCCGGCGCCAGUGCUUGCGUGGCUGGGUGCGGUGGAUAACGACUUCGUGGACAAUGUACAAAGACGCUCGCCUUUGUCACUUCUCGUCCUUGCCCACUGGGGAGUUCUUCUUGCCGAGCUAAAUGACAAGCGUUGGUGGGCUCACAAUGCCGGCAGGGCGCUUGUGGAUGAAAUCUUGGGCAUUUUGGACACAGGCAACCUGUCGUGGGAAGCUUGUCUGGGAUGGGUGCGGCGCAAAAUGGGGUUGCAUCAGAAACUUGUCAAUAGAGCCUCUUCCAAAAAUGAAACGAUCUUGUCUUGA